UUACUACUAGUUGGUCAAAUCAAUAUUUUUUGUGUAAAAAUGCUUACUGAUUUCCAGGAAUUAUGGCCAGCAAGUAGAAGAAACACCAUUCCAAAAAAUAAUGAGUUGCAGUCCAUAAAUGUGGUGAAAACCUGUGAAAAAUUACGUUUAGCUCUUACACGUGCAUGUAAUGGCCUACAACGUACACAAGACAUUUCACAUAGGCACACAACGGAGCAGCUUUCCUUUCGCUCCAUAUCACAACUUUGUUAUACAACAUUGCGGAUACAUGAACUACAAGUCAACGAUUUAUUGCGUAAAUCAAAAGAACUGAUUUCGCAGAGUAAAGAUUGGUGCACAGUCAAACAAGCCAAAAAGCGCAGUCAACCGACUAGUUACUCCAGCGCAUAUUGUGCAAAAAGGAAAAGACGGCGUGCGACUGUGGAACAUUCUCUGCCCGAUGGCACAGUUACAGAUUACACAGAAUUGCUGGAUGAAACCGCAACAUUUGUAGAAUGGGGCAAAACGACAGAGAUUGUGCAGAAAAAGGUCUCAAAAACCAAUAACCAUAGUAGGACCACUUGCAUACAUAUACGUGAGAUAACCAUUAAUGAGUUUGAUACAACACACAAUGAACAUUAUCCGAUCGAUGAAGAUGACGGCUUUGGUAAUGCCACAGGUGAUGAAUUAGCUACCAUUAUACAAUUGCUUACAGGUAAAGUAUGCAUGUUUAAUAUGAAAUUUGAAAGUAAAUGUCUAAUAAAAAUAAUACAAUUAGAUGAAUCUACUACGAAGGCGCCGAAAAGAAAGGCUGCAGCAGUAUUGGCUGUUUGUGAGAAAAAAGCUAAGACUACUGAUGCACUUCUAGAGGUAGAAGAGUUUCCCGAUGAGAUCGAAGCACCACGUAGCGCUAAUGCAGAAUACGAAACUACCAACCUAUUCAUACCAGCUGCCAAAAAUGAUUGCGACAAUAGUAAUGUUAACGAAUUAAGUGCUGCGCAUACAGAAAUGAGUGUGAUUAGCAGUAAUGUCUCGGUAAAUAAUGAUAAUUACGUUGCGAUACACACAAGUUGUAACUUGGAUAAGACGAACACUACUGCAAUUGCAACGGAGAAUUUAUGCAAUUAUCAGAAGAAGCUUGUUUCCCAUCUCUCUUUGAAGAAGCGCAAGUCGAAACAUAACAAAACCAUUAUCGAUGCAAGUACAGCGUUUACAGAAUCUGAAAUUUAUGCGCACUUACAAACACAAAUUAACAUUAAAGCAAAAUUAAGUAAAAGUAGAGCUAAAGUUAAUUGGCAGAAUCGAAAGUAUCCUACCGUUGGAAAACACUACGAAAAGUUACUGCCUUCUGCAUCUGAAUUGCUAACUACAUUACAUCAUAAUUGCAUCGUACACAGGAAAUUCAAACUAAAGCAUAACAUGCGACGUUCCAAUUUGGAAACUUCAACAGCGCGUGCUGCUUAUCGCAAUCUGCUACGUGAAAUUUUGAAUUGUGAAAUUACUGAUGAUUUGGCUACAAAAAUUUACCCAAAAUGGAACCAUAAUGAAAAACGCAAACGAAAAAGUGUAAAUAAUGCAUUAAAUUACGGAUUAACCGAAAAUGCGCAAGUGCAACAAGACGACACGCAUAAUGAGCACUUACUAAUGCCACAUAAUAACACAGCUGCAAUUGAAGUGUUUCAUGAUAAUAAUAAUAAUUUGCAGCGCACUAAUAACAACUGUUCACCGUCUGGCGAACAGGAUGAGUGGGGCGCAUACGAUGUCAUGAUAAAGUUAUUAAAUAUGUGGCGCUCACAAAUUUUAUUGAACGACGAAAUCCCGGUGGAACUACUUUUCCCACAAGCAACAAUGUGCCGAAAAGCAGCUGCGAAGUGUUUCGGCGCAUUAUUGAGGCUUGCGGCAAAUGGUUUUAUUAUGUUAUCCACUGUUGAGCAUUCAACACACUUGCAAUACAUCAAAUUAGGCGCAGCUUCAAAUAAACUUAUACAGCGGACCGAACUCAAUAAUGAAAUGGUUUCAAACGGAUUUCGUGUUAGUGUGAGUUAA